AUGCGGUACAAUGACAUAAUGUCACGAGCGCUGGAGCGGCCGGCGCGGAUAGUAAAAACAAUGACUGGACGUUUAGCAAUCGUCACGUACGUGGCCAUGAGUUUAAAUCGACAUCAUAGCACGCUUCACCUGUGCACUCUUCUUUCCUUGCGUGUGUCGUGUUGGAUACAGUUCUUUGACUGCCAUGACGGUGGCAGAUCUCCUACGUGGCCUUCGGGCGCCGUACCCGGACCACGGCUCUGGUUUCUGGGGCAAGCAAACGUCGACGACUACGCAUUGUCGUUUUACUGCGCGGAGCUCUACGGUGACGAAUGGCUUGUUCCUAUGGCUGGGAGUAAGCGGAAUCCGCAACUGCAUCCAGGAGUCGCAUGCGAAUAUAUUCCUGCUGGCGUACCUGGGCUAUAUCGUGGUCGGGCUCGGGUCCAUCCUCUUCCACAUCCGAUGCAGCUGGUAGAUGAGCUCUCCAUGAUCUACACUACCUGCCUCAUGAUGUACGCCAGCUUCUCCUACUCGCGCUCUCGGGCCUUCUCGACCCUGCUCGGUGUAAGCUUGUUGUCGUUGGCGGGGUCCAUCACGGUAUGUGUUGCCCUCGGGCCCGCCAUUCCGGCCUGGGGAUUCUAA